GGUGUAAUCCCUAAUUAGCAAAUUGUUGUAGUUGGGUCUGGUGUUUACUGAGAAAUGCACCUCAGGCUUCUCUCCUAGUUUUCUCACAACCUCUUUCUUUGCCGGUGAAUUUUUGUGCUUCUUCACCCGGGUCUUUCCAAAGCUGGGCACAGGAGGAAGGUGGCAGGCCGGGGGGUCUCAGGCUGAGAAGCAGCCCCUCUGUUUGCUGGCAGAUCUAGCAAAACUUUGCCUUGGUGAUGAUGGCUGAGUGAGGCACAACAGCAAAUUCCAGAGGGCUCAGGGGGCUACAGUGCCUUGUCAGGUGGCAUCCAAAUGUGACAAAAGUGCCAAAGGUUUUGUUAUAAAACAUGAGGCUUAUCUGGUGCAUCCCCACAUUUAUCAGCUGCCUGAACUCUGCUGCUGGUUAUGCAGCCUUUUAUCACAUCUGUGAUUACACAUUUACCACACAGCAGAUAAAGCAAGGAUACAAAGUGGGGCUGUGGCACAGAUUGCUUAGAAGCGCGGGGCGAGCGCCGCAGCUCCUGUGCUGCCGUGGGUUUCCUUCCCUGGAAGCACUCAUCUGAUCCCUGCAGGAAUGGCCCCGGGGCUCAGUGCUUCUCCACCAGUUGUGCUUCUGCUCCUGUCCCUGCUGGGUCUGGCUGCUGCUGGGAAGCUCCUGGUGGUGCCGGUGGACGGGAGCCACUGGCUGAGCAUGCGGGAAUUGCUGGACAUGCUCCAGCAGAAGGGACACGAGGUGGUCGUGGUGGCACCUGAAGUCUCCCUACAAAUCAAACCAUCCAAGACCUUUGCGAUGAAAAUGUACCCGGUUCCCUUCACUCAGGAAGAGCUGGAUUCAGUUUUCAAAGGGUCAGUAAUGGAUUUAUUUAAAGGAGGAUCCUUUCUGGACAGAGUUAUUAGACAGUACCAACAGGCAAAGAAGACCUCUGCUCUGUUCCUGGCCACCUGCUCACACUUAAUUCACAACAAGGAGCUCAUCAGGUACCUUGAGGAGAGCAAGUUUGAUGCCGUCCUCACAGAUCCUGUUCUGCCCUGUGGGGCAAUCCUGGCCGAGUAUCUUUCCCUACCUUCCGUCUAUUUCCUGCAGCAAGUUCCAUGUGGUUUGGAGUAUCAAGCCACCCAGUGCCCCAAUCCCCCUUCCUAUGUUCCCAGAGUAUUUACAGACCUUACAGACCACAUGACCUUUCUCCAGCGGGUGAAGAACAUGCUCUAUGACAUCCCAAACUUUUUCAUCUGCGAUGUCGUCUUCCAACCUUAUGCAGAACUGGCUUCGGAGUUGCUGAAGCGGGAGGUGACCGUGCCGGAUCUCCUGCGCCAGGCUUCCAUUUGGCUCAUGAAGCUGGACUUUGUCUUGCACUUCCCCAAACCCUUGAUGCCCAACAUGGUUUUGAUUAGUGGAGUAAAUUGUGCUUACAAGAAGCUAAGUCAGGUGGGUCCCGCUCUGUUUUCUCUUGCUGUUCCUGCAGGCUUUGGAAAUCUCGGGGAAGCUGAAACUCAACUUUCGUUAGAAGGGAGGAUUUCAAACCAGUCCUGCUUUGCAGGGAGGUGCUGGUUCUGGUAUCUGGGAAGGGCUAUCAGAGUAGAAAGGUGGAGAGAGUGUUGUAUAUGGAAUUAGCUCUGGUAGAAUCCCCAUUGGCUCUGUGCCCCGUGCUCUAAGGCAGCUUUGGAUUGGAAU